AUGUGGAACACACGUGCAAGUUUCUUUUAUAUGAUCCCAUGGUGGGUUGCCACAUCACCACCCUCCCAAUACAGGGGGAAAGUUGAACUCGAAGCAUCUGUCUUGUGUCUUAGCUUGAGACAGAGAAUCAAAGAUGAUAUUCUUCUUCUUGCCUGGAAAAAAAGGAGAAACAGUGUUCAAGCAGUUCUCCAUGAGACAGAGCAGAAGGAAGCAAACAAGAACCCAUUUGGUAACUUUAUUGAGGUGUUCCCGUUUGGCUCAGUACCGCUAAAGACCUUCCUCCCCGAUGGAGAUAUUGAUUUGACUGCGCUUACUCAAUCAAAUAUGGAGGAAAAUCUGGCACAGCAUAUUUGCAGUAUCCUACAAGAUAACCGGCAAAACCCUGGGUUCAUAGUACAGAAUGUUCAAUAUAUUCCUGCUCAGGUUAAGAUAGUGAAAUGUACCGUUAACGAUAUACCGGUGGACAUUUCUUUCAAUCAAAUGGCUGGUCUAUCUGCGUUAUGCUUCCUUGAGAAGGUCAACCAACUUAUUGGGAAAGAUCAUCUUUUCAAGCGCAGUAUCAUCUUGAUCAAGUCCUGGUGUUAUUAUGAGAGCCGAAUUCUCGGUGCACACCAUGGCUUGAUUUCUACAUAUGCAUUAGAAACGAUGAUCUUGCACAUCAUUAAUGUCUUUCAUUCAUCCUUAUGCGGUCCACUAUCGGUCCUUCACAAAUUUUUGGACUACUACAGCACAUUUGAUUGGGCAAAUUACUGCAUUACUAUAACUGGUCCACUUCCCAUAUCCUCCCUUCCUGCAGGUUUCGCUGGGACUCCAGAAACCGAUGGGGAUGAAUUUCUGCUUAGUCGGGACUUUUUGAGGUAUUGCAGAGAAUCAUAUUGUGCUUCGCUGCAGUUCCCUGAGGUCGGGGACAAUGCUUUUCCCGUCAAGAAUAUGAACAUCGUGGAUCCUUUGAAAGUACACAACAACCUAGGCCGAAGUGUUAGCAAAGGUAAUUUCCAUCGAAUAAGAUGUGCUCUUAUCUAUGGGACACAAACGUUCGGGGAAGUCCUGAUGCUUCCAGGUGAAAAGAUGGGUAUAGGACUUGAAAAUUUCUUUGUUAAUACCUUGAAUCGGAACGGAAGAGGGCAGAGGCCGGAUGUACAAGUUCCGGUGCAUGCCUUUGGCACCGGCAAAUCUGAAGUUUCUCGUCUGAGUGGUGACUUUGAUGUUUACUGUAAUGGUCUACUGUAUAGCCAAUGGUAUCAUUACUAUGCAUUGAAUGUUCCUGUCAUGCCAGCAACCACUGUAUCGUCGCCUUCUCAGACACCAAAGCAUGGUGCAUGGGAUGCCCUACGGUGGUUUGUUAGAUGCAAACGAAACACUUUUUAUCGUAAGGGAACGAAUUUUUUUAUCCCGAGAUUACAAUUCGCUCAUCCUUUUGCACUCCAGUUACCAGCUGCGUAUGGCAUCGACAAUAUGACGAAGUCGAGAGGAACAGGCACUUACAUCCCCAACAUGGCACGUCAGUCUUAUGGCGAGAUGCAACCAUGUACAAGUAAAAGAAAUCACAAGCCGUCGAACUCACCAAAAGAAAACGACCCAAUUGAAAAUGGCCGUGGAAACGGCAGUCGCCAUGAUCUUGGCCUUUCAACAGAACAAUUCCCUCCUCUUCCAUCCACCAAAAGGACCGCAGCAGCUGGUCCAUCUCGUCCUCCAGCGUUGAAGAGUCUGGUGCUCAAGAACGGUGGCUCUCAAUGCUUAUCAGCUAUUAAAUUUGGUUGUUACGAGGGUCCAUUGCCAGCAGGAACGCAUUCGUCACCACCCUCACUAAAAGAUCCCAAGUUAUGCAUCCCCUCGGUUGAAAAGCAGAAACAAAAGGAUCUUUGCGAGCGUAAAAGGGCUCCCGGAGAACCGUUCCAGCUGCAAGACAAUGAAGACUUCCCUCCUCUACUACCUAUGUGAACAAACGUUCACCGGAGGCUGCAACUGCGAGUCGAUUGAAGGAACAAUCAACGAAUGAGAGUGCGCCAACCGUGGUGCCGUAAUGUUGUAGACACAGUUUUGCUUAACUUUCUGUGUAAUCUAGAGGGGGACAGAAACCAGUUAUGAUGGACUUUGUUUAUCAUAAAUUAGUGUUGUAUGGUGGCUUUAAACAAUCACCAACUGAUAAUAACCCUUCCCUUUUCUAAUCUGAAAUACAGAUUUUAGUUUGAUCAUCA